GCGCCUGGUCACACCGGCGUUCAAUCCCUGAGCUGUCAAAAAACGAUUUGUUUGCGUGUUCAACGGAGUUUAUUAUUAAUCUUGCCGGCACAAAUUGGCCUGCUAAGAUACAAAGGAUAAGAUAACACGACUCGGGCAAGACGAGAUGCAGCACGGACUACUCCUUGCGGGCCUGGCCCUGGUCAGCAGCCUCUCAAGCGGUGCCGCAACGGAAUCCAAUGUGGUCACCUGCGGCUCUAUUCUGAAGCUCCUGAACUCGGAUUACUCCUUCCGCCUGCACUCCCAUGACGUCAAGUACGGGUCCGGAUCAGGGCAGCAAUCGGUGACGGGCGUGGAGCAGAAGGAGGACGUGAACAGCCACUGGGUAGUGAAGGCCCAGACGGGCGAGCUAUGCGAACGGGGCGAGCCCAUCACCUGUGGAUCCACCGUGCGCCUGGAGCACCUGACCACCAAGAAGAACCUGCACUCGCAUCACUUCUCGUCGCCACUCUCCGGGGAGCAGGAGGUGUCUGCCUACGGAACGGAUGGACUUGGCGACACCGGCGACCACUGGGAGGUUGUGUGCUCCAACGAAAGCUGGAUGCGAAGUGCCCACGUGAGACUGCGACACAUCGACACCGGCAUGUACCUCGGCAUGUCCGGCCGCUCCUACGGUAGACCCAUCUCCGGCCAAAUGGAGAUCGUGGGCGUGCACAAGCCGCAGCACGGAACGCGCUGGACCACGGCAGAGGGCCUGUUUAUCGUGCCGAAGGAGAAGAGCUCAACGCACGAGGAGUACGCCCACUCAGAGCUGUAGUAGCGAUAAGGCGCAUCGACUGCUAUAGUUUUUUACUACGUUUAGUUGUGUAAAUUAUAAUUUAGUUGAAUUUUUAUGUGAAGCGAUAGCAAAGAGAGUUCAUUUUGUAUUAGACCCACAAAGCAAACCAACAAAUUAAAACUAUUUAAAUUCAAUCAGGGAA